AUGCGUGUUGCUACACCUGAGACCGAAAUAAUUGAACAAGAAUGGGUUUUCUCCAGAAAACUACAAGUACUGACAGCCUGUGCAAUCUUCUUUCUGAUGUACAUCCUGAUUAUCUCUUCGCCGGCAACAGUCGUUGUGGACCAGCCGCAAACAAGUUAUUUUCUUGGGAAUGAUGGCUGCUCCUGCACGCACAAAAACGUCACAUACGAUUUCUGCUACCAUUUACCCAAGAAUUGGACCAUUAAGGGAAGACGCUUCAACUGUAGUUUCUCUUCACAUCUUGAAAAGCUUGGAUUGUUAUCGAAAGCGAAAGUCAUUGAUUUGAUGACAGAAAAGAUGCCCACGCCGAUGUUCGUGAGUGCUAUGUCCGAAAACCACUUUAUGGAAGGGCUUAACAUGAUCGCAAGCAUCCGUAGUCUUUGGCCACGUCAGAGGAUUAUCAUCUACGAUUUGGGUCUCAAACCGAAGACAAAAAUGAAAUUACAAGAGAUGUGUUUGGGCGAAGUGCGGCGUUUUCCAUUUGAAUCAUAUCCGCAUUACGUACGCCAAUUGAAGCAGUACAGAUGGAAACCUCUUCUCAUAGCAGUGGGUAGCAUUACAACGGUUUAA